AGGAAAGAUUGAAAAAGCACAAGACUGGUUUAACUCUUCAUUUUGGACAAGGACGACAUUGGAGAUUCAAUGUAGAUUUUAUUUUUGAUUGCGUAAAUCAGCAAAACGGAAAUUUCAUUUUCAAACCUAUAACAAACGGUAAAGACAAUCAUAAGAACGAUAUUAAAUUUCAUCAUUUAACAUUCUUACGCAAACUUACAUUAUGGAAAGUUACUCUUCACGACAAUUUCAACAGCAAUGGUAAAAAAGGCGAAAAUUCACAAGCUUAUAUUAAUUUAUUGCAAAAACCAUAUAGAUUAUCUACAUUUAAUAUUAGAAAGUCACUCUACUAUUUCAUACCCGCCUCUAAGAAAGAUAUUGCUAAAUAUAUUCGUGGAUUAAAUCCUGAAUUUUGCGAGUCAAGGAAUUUAUUGGAAGGACUCAAAUCUCACGCAUCAAAAAAUUAUGCAGGUUCUGAAGAAAUGACAUGGCUACCUGUCCUGGUGUUGAUGAUGAACGGAAAUGACAUGGUUACCUGUCCUGGUGUUGAUGAACGAGUUGUUGUUGAAGUCUGCCUAACAAUAGUAUAA